UUAUCGCUUGUUUUUUUUGUUUUUUGGUUUACGGAAAUAGCUUACGCAAAUAUCGACCCCAAUCAAAGUUGUUUUUUUCAAAGACAACAAACUAAUGAUACUUAGUGUCUUUUAGCUAUCAAUAUAUAUUUUGCCCUAAAGUGUUUAUAUCUAUAUGAGAAUUCACAAUUUUAGGAGCUAGGAUACAACCCACAGAAUUUCCCACUUUGAUGACAAAUUAUUUACUAAAUGAAUGAAUUAUCAAUAAAUAAGUGUCCCUUCCCAGUGUCUAAAUAUUAAUCAGCCGUCAGACUUUAUCAAUUGUUAUGUACAUAUUUCUUUUCUUUUUUCAAUAUUUUUUUUUGCCUGGGCUCAUAUGAUGUGAAAGCCCCCCCCCCCCCCCCCCACCCCCCCAACCCAACCCUAACCCGUUUAUCAACACUCCAAAUGCCAUGCGAAACUGCGCAUAUAAGACCCCCUUAUCUUUUUCUGAUCCAGGAUCAACACAUUUAUUUUCUUUUUAUACUUAUGUUUUGUAAGUAUACAUUAAAGAUUAUCGAAAUCUCUUCUACGUUCAAUUAAAAUUCUCGUUGUCAUUGAUGAUAUUUCUUCUUGAUUUAUUAAAUUUUUAGAUAAUAUUUGAUGUAUAUUUACAAUCCAUAAGUUAGAAAGGUGUGUAGAAGGUUCGGGGGUGGGGGGGGGGGGUGCAUGAUCCAUCAUACUUCAAGUCCCUGUCUAUAUAUUAAAACUACCCCUAUUAUGACCUCACCACGUGCGACUUCUGGUAAAAUAUCGAACCGAAAUAACGUAUGAUAAAAAAAUAAGCGAUACAUUUCUAUAAAAAUAAUUGUAACGCGCGGACGCAUUAUUUUUGGUCUAAUUGAUUUUCUCGGAAUAGCAGCCUUUUGACGUAAAAUUUCCAAUUGAUAAAGUACCGAAACCUGUACCAAAAAUGUCAACGAAGCCCUGGGCCCUACAUGUAUGUAUGGCUAUGGCAUUUUUAAAAUUGUUCAGUAUACAUCAGUGGCGGAAUUAGGGGAGGGGAGCGCAGCCCUGAAAUUUCAAAUCAAAGUCAAAUCGUGGUGUGUUGUUUAAAAAAAAUGUACUAAACGAUACCAGAAGCAAUAUUUUUUUUUCCACUCCCGGAGAAAUAAAUCACAAAAUCUCUUGAUUUCUUGAAUUACUUUAUUGGGAGAACUUAUUUUUUUCCAAAAACCCUUAAUGUUUGCGUCAUUUUAUUAAUUUCACAUUAUAAAAAAAUGAUAGAAAAUGUUACAAAUGACUAAAUAGGGACACGUUUCAAGCUCUAUAAAAUCUGUUGAAUCCAGGAGCUUUCGGGGGCUUCACUCUGGAGCCACUGGGGCCUUUAAGGCUGCGCCCAGACCCCUUGCUUCAUAAAGUGACAACCCCUGUAACAGCAAUUCCUGGAUCCUCCCUAGUACAUGUAUAUUUAUCUAUUUAUAUUUAUAUCUCUAUCUUUCUGUCAGUCUAAAUACAAGUAUCAGUAGGUAGAUUUAAACUGAUAAGUAAUGUCUUGAGUUCCAGCCCCGCUCGUGCUAUGACUUCGUCAAACCUAAAAGGUAAACAUAGUAAUAGUGCUCCAUCAUAAACCGCUCAGCAUUUAGAAGCGAGAGUAAGACCUUUAAGGAGGUAUGCUACACCAGAGAAAUUUGAUGUAGAUGAAAAGUGGAAAAUAUGUACAAUAUUUUGAAGUUGAAAUUUUUCAAAUUUACUUAAUUUUGUCAAAAAAUACAGUUUUAGUAGAAGGUAAUCUGAAAAAAUAAAAUAAAACCUCUGCUGGACUUGAACCUGUGACCUACAGUUUAGUAGUCGGUAUGCUAACCUACUGAGCUAAUCGGCUAGGCAUCUUAAUUGAAAAGCAAAAGUCAAAUAUUGCUGAUAUUGAUUUUUUCCUUCAUGUUUUAACCCUUUCUCUACCGUAUCGGUCAAUAUGACCGAUAGCGCGUAAAAACAGGGCUACGCAAAAGGAGUGUCUAUACAUUUUUGAAACUACGGACGUAAUAUAUAUGUUUUAUAUAUCAUAUUUUUGGAAAUUUUCUAUAUUUUUUAACUAUGCAAAAAUCAAUUGAAUAAAUAAAGCCAUUAAAUUAAAAAAAGCAUUUAAAAUGAAGGAUGACUUCGUCUAAAUAUGACGCAACGCUUUGUCGCAAGGCCAUUUCCCCCCUCGCUAUGAUUUUUUUUUAUUUUCCCUAUGACUGCAAUAUUUUUUAUAUAUUUGAGAAGCAUAUAUUCCCUGCUUUCAGUACAUAUAAAAAUUAUUUUUAAUGGCUGGCAAAGUUAUAAGAAAAUAGCAAUUUUUUGCACAUAUACGUUGUUUUACGAUUUUAUUUCGCAAUGUUUAAACAGAUCGGCGUUUUAUCUAUAUUUAUAUAUGGAAAUAGGGAAACGUAAAUACAUCCUGUAGAAGUAGAGGAAAUGUUCUUUUUGAUGGACCCUUAUUCAUAUUAUAAUUCUCGGUAGUUUUUAUAUUACGAUAAAAUGAAAUUGGGACAUGCUGCGCGGUUUUCUUAAAAAUUAGCGACAAAUCGACGUCGCUAAAAGCAAUCGACGCGCGUCGCACAAUAAAGUGGUGAAAACUAUUUGUAUUGUCCUCUUUUAGUAAAUUCAGUACCUGUUGAUACACUAAAACAACAUACAUACAUGUAUGAAAUAAUCAGCCAGGUAUCUCUGCUUUUUUUUUUUAAAGCAUAAAACCAAUAUUGGUUUAUAACAGUUACACAACCUACAUGUAACUUCAUAAAACACCUAUUGAGAAUAUUACAUCGGCAGAUUGAAUUAAAAAAAAGAUAAAUAAAGUACUUCGAAUUCAGAUAUAAACGUUAUAUUUGUUCGGAAUAGUAAUAAUUUUUUUCUCUGCCAAAGAAAGAAAACAAAAAAGAAGUUCGCCUAUAUAUAGCCUGUAUACUUUUAUUUUUCCGUGAUCCGGAUCGCGGGCCUCGCGGGCUUUUCUGAAAGUGUGCACGGAGAACACACGUGUUUCCGUUUCAACGAAAACAACACAGCUUCACCGUGACUGCCACAACCAACGCUUGUAUUUUACAUCUUUAAAACGACCUGAUGUCAGAAGAAGAUGCCCUGGAUCGCCUGUUGCAGGAUGACCCACACGAUCAUGCAUUCAGUAUAAAUACGUACAUGUAAGUUGAUGUAGCCACAUAGGCCGACUAAAAAGAAAACAAAAAUGUGGUUUUGUCAUGUUAUGAAAAAUUCACGAUUAAUUAACCACAAUUUGAUGCCAUGGUUUGUCGUUUCAUGAAAGCAAAUAUUUAUAUUUUAUGAUAUCUAAAACAAGUGAAUAACACCCUGUCCGGGUCCGGCAGUUUGAUUAACACCCCUCCCCCCCCUUUUCCCCAGAAUUAUCUCCUUACGUGACGCGCGAGUGUAAGAAGGGGGUGUAUUUAGUGUAUAAUGGGAUGGGGUGGUUUUAAUCAGACUGGGCAUUCACGACCGCUGGUGAGAAGGCUAUUUUCCAAGUUUUUUCCAUGUUUAUAAAAGAAAUUAUCUUUCUAUGAAAAGAAAACACAAUCUGUUAGGAAAACACACUUAUGAUAGAAUUUAUUAUCAUAAUUUGAAUUAUUUUCUUUAUUCUGUAACAGAAAUAAAAACAAAAUGUGUGUUUGGGCCAAAAUGGGGGUGGGUUAACAUCAAUCAAAGUCUGAUUAUGACAGGCUAAUGAAAAAUCAUAUUGAUUUCUCUUUUAUCCAAAUGCAUGUAUUUUAUAUACACUUAGUAGCUUAUGACCAUAAAUUAAAUGUGAUCCAUACAUGCUGGUACUUGUAUGCUAUGAGCUGAUGGGCAUGUCUUCCCUUCUUGCCCACAGGGGCUCGGUUAUCAGAUAUUGAAGUUUUGUAUUAUUUGUUCCUGAAUAAUAAAUUGAAGUUUUGCAUGAUUUGUGUCCGAAUAAUAAAUUAUAUAAAUGCAAGGUGAAGAUAACGAACAGUGAUCAAUCUCAUAACUCCUACAAGCAAUACAAAAUAGAUAGUUGGGCAAACACGGACCCCUGGACACACCAGAGGUGGGAUCAGGUGCCUAGGAGGAGUAAGGAUCCCCUGUUGACCGGUCACACCCGCCGUGAGCCCCAUAUCAUGAUCAGGUAAACGGAGUUAUCCGCAGUCAAAUCAGUGUGCCAAGUACUUUAAUGUACACAUGAUACACCUUUUUGAAAACCUCUAAACAAGCGGAUUUUGGUGGUGGAUUUUAUUUAUAUAAUUUAUUAUUCGGACACAAAUCAUGCAAAACUUCAAUUUAUUAUUCGGGAACAAAUAAUACAAAACUUCAAUAUCUGACAACCGAGCCCCUGUGUUCUUGCCGGUCUCCUCCGUGGCCGAGUGGUUAGAGCAUUGCGCUCAAAAUCACACGGCCUCUCAUCUCUGUCGGCGCGAGUUCGAAUCCCAUUCGCGCCGGUAAGUGAGAAAGUUUUCCCAGUUUACUUUCGAAAGAUCGGUGGUCUCUCCCCAGGUAUCUGGGUUCUCUCUUCCACCAAUAAAAAAAACUGGGUGCCACCAGAUAACUGAAAAAUUGUUGAGUUUGGCAGAAAACAUCAAUCAAUCAAUCCCCUUCUUGCCUAGAUUUUCUCUAAUUUCGACUAAAUCCACAGCCCAUCAGAGUACCAUACAAGGGGAUUUAGACACUGGGUACCAUUAAGAAGCAAUUCAAUUCAACUUUUAUAUCUGGGGUCAUUCACUUUCCCUCAGAGUUUCAGUAUUUUCGCUGGACCCUGUAGGUUUUAACCUGAAUUUCUUCAGUAUUUGCCCUCGUGUAUAAUAUAUGCUAGGCAUAAUGCAGAUACCUACAUGAUACAUUUUUUUUUCAUUACCCACUCUGCUACUCUCGCAAUGUAUAAUAAAAUAUUCGAUUCAUUUCUAACACAUGUAUGCAAUCCCUUACCAUAUCUUUAAAUAAAUUUGAGUAAAUAAAUUUAAGUGCGAAACUGUUCCAUGCUACCGUGAAACUUAGAUUUUGCUUUUUAAACAUAAACCAACAAUUCUUAAUUGUGAUUUCUUUUCUUCUUUAAAAAGGGUAUUGACAUCGCAAUAUUUAGUGGGAAGUUCCCAGGUAUCAUCCGCUAGCGACAGUCUACUGACAAAUCCAGACAUGCAUUGGAAGGAUGCUGAUGUGGAGGACACAGGAACACCUGAUCCCAGAACUGUGGCAUUUCAUUCGGGGUGACAACCUGCCUUUCAGUUGAUAUGGGACCCUAUUAUUCGGAGAACUGCAGAUUUUAUGAAGCUGUCUUUGACAGAAGAUUUGGUUUUCUCCAUCUGUGUUGCCACCAACCAUUAUGCUGAGAUGGUCAUAUCUAGGGGGAAGGGUUGCCAUAUACUUCCCAAGGAAGUUUUCAGCCUCUCACUGAAGAGGAACUGUACAGACCAGUUCUCCUCCCUGUCUGAUGACGAGGUGUGCGUGUUAUUCUGUUUUCUGUGUUCUGACUCCGGUACCCCCGACUUUACUGAUGCAGACUGUCUGGACGUUCUUAAUGAGAUACGAAAGAAUAUGUAUGAUAAGGACAGUGUAACAAGUGAGGAGGCACAGCGGACUCUGGACGGACUGAAGUCACGUGGAUUUCUUUGGGAUCAGGACGGAGUAGACAUCACUGAGGACGUCAAGGACGAGACCAUGUACCGUGUUAUAGGACCUAGUAUAGAAAGUAGUUUUACACUGUUCUACGUGUAUCAGUUAUCCAGUUAUACUACAACAGUGAGGUAUCUGAGAUUACAGAUAUACACCAGGGAGUCUGGAGAGAAAUGUGUCAUUAGUGACGACUCGUUCUAUGAUUCCGUACUCAUACACCGUCUACAGAUGAACAUACUGACCCACGUCACCAUGGAGGACACGGAUAUCUGUGAUGAAGUGUCACAGACAUUGAGCAUCCCUCUAGAUAAAGUACGCAUGACUGAGAGUGAACGAGGAGCGUUUUUAGAGGACUUACAGAAGACCGGAGAGUGUGUACAAUCACAGGGCAGUGUACAACACGUCAAGUGGCUCUGGAGACUAAACCCCUCAGCGAGACCUGACAUCGUGAGAUCCUGUAUAGGUCCCCACCCACACUGGGAUAUUUACAUCAUCAACAACACGGCUAACAGAAAACACAUCAUUGCCACUAACUACUAACUACAGCUGCAGAAAAGGAGCACUGCAAGAAUUUUUUAAGUCAUAGAGUGGACUAAAGAAAUGAUUAAUUUGGAUCCUUCGAAUUGGGGCUUAUCACUGCUUUCAACAAUUCUUGUAUCCGUUAAAACUAAAUUACAAGUCGCGCCAGAUAAACUUUUGAACGUUUUUCGCUGUAAAUGCAAGGCAAAUUGUGACACUAGCCGUUGUACUUGUAAAAUCAUGGACUGAACUGUACUGCAAUUACUCAAAUGAUCACUUAUAUAAUUAUCAGGCACGUAGCAAUAAUGGCUCUACACCUUGUAUCAUUACAUGCAAAGUUGAUAAAUGUUUACGUACAGAGGUCGAUUUUUAGACAGAUUUGUUUCCCUCCCUCCUCUUUUUUUUAAAAAUAGCA